AUGUUAUCUUCAGAAGAAAAAAAAAAUGAUGUAUCAUCGCCAUUGGACAAUUUCAACGAUCCUUCUCGCUCGAAUCAAAGGGAUGAGUCACAUGACAGAACCUCGAAUUCCGCUGAACACGGCGUUGCUCAAUCCGAAAAACAAAAUCAUCUUCAAAGUCAACCUUCAGAUCAUCAAGACAAUGAUGUAACGCAAGAUCAAACAUCAGAGAAGCUCCAGAAAAUCCAAGAGUCGCCCGAAAACGGUGUAACUCGAGAUCAAGCACCAGAAAAUCAAGUACAACCAUCAGAGAUACCCCAGAUCAUCCAAGAGUCGCCCGAAAACGAUGUAACCCAAGAUCGACCAUCAGAAAACGGUGCAACUCAAGUUCAACCAUCAGAGAAACCCCAGAAAAUCCAAGAGUCGCCCGAAAACGGUGCAACCCAAGAUCGACCAUCAGAAAACGGUGCAAUUCAAGUUCAACCAUCAGAAAAGUUCCACAAAUCCCAAGGUUUGUCGCCCGAAAAUGAAUCUAUUCGAGCAUCAGAGAUACUCCAAAAAAUCCAAGAGUCGCCUGAAAACGGUGCAACUCAAGAUCAACCAUCCGAAAACGGUGCAACUCAAGAUCAACCAUCAGAAAACGCUGCAAUUCAAGUUCAACCAUCAGAAAAGUUCCAAGCUUUAUCGCCCGAAAAUGAAUCUACUCGAGCAUCAGAGAUACUCCAGAAAAUCCAAGAGUCGCCCGAAAACGGUGCAACUCUAGAUCAACCAUCAGAAAACGGUGCAAAUCAAGUUCAACCAUCAAAGAUACCCCAGAAAAUCCAAGAGCCGCCCGAAAACGGUGUAACUCAAGAUCAGCCAUCAGAAAACGGUGCAACUCAAGUUCAAGCAUCAGAGAAACCCCAGAAAAUCCAAGAGUCGCCCGAAAACGGUGUAACUCAAGCAUCAGAGAUACCCCAGAAAAUCCAAGAGUCGCCCGAAAACGGUGUAACACAAGAUCAACCAUCAGAAAACGAUACAACUCAAGUUCAAGCAUCAGAGAUUCUCCAAAAAAUCCAAGAGUCGCCUGAAAACGGUGCUACUCAAGAUCAACCAUCAGAAAAGUUCCACAAAUUCCAAGAUUUGUCGCCCGAAAAUGAAUCAACACAAGCAUCAGAGAAACUCCACAAAUUCCAAGAGUCCGAUGUUACUCAAGAUCAAGAAUUAGAGAAGCUACAUAAUUAUGAUUUCAGCGAUGAUCAAUCAGAAACGAUCGAAUUUUCAUCGUCCAGCACAGAAUCGACCGAUUCAACGAUCAAUUCUCGUGACGUAAAAUUCGUUGAUAAGUACUGGGAUGAUCUCAACCCUUCUGAAGUCAAGUUUAAAGAAACAGGCGGAUGGGCGACUGAAGGAUUGAGCGAUAAUGAUCAGAGCUUCGAUUUUCAAAAAGAACAACUUCUUUUCGGUGGAAAACUCAAGCACGAAUUUCCAGAAAACGAAAAUCAAAGGUCAAUCGUAAAAACUUUACGAGAUCAUGAAUUACCCGAUAAAUAUUUCGUCGAUGGUAUUUACGUGGGACCACUCGAAGAACUUCCGCCUUACGGAAAGCUUUGCUACCUGUCCGGAUACUAUACUGAACAAGUGGUGAACCACAUCACUAACGCGAUUAGCAUCAUCGAUUACACUACUGGAAUCCCAGUCGGGAGAUGGUUCCAUAGAUCCUUCUCACUAACAAGCUGGAUGGGACUUGAGGGUCGUGAUGUUUGCGAUCAAAGUGUAAUCGAGUAG